AUGAACCAUAAGCUGCGGAUGCACAACGUGAAUACAGACGGAGGAGACCGCAAAACUGGACAUAAAGACAGCUGCAGCGGCAGCGAUGACACUUCCAACGCGGACUGGAUGGGAUCGCUUUGUCCCACUCUCACUUCCAUGCCUCUGAAGUAUCUAGCCGUGCCGGGGUCUCACGAUUCCUUCAGCUUCUGGGUGGAUGAGAAGGCUCCAGUUGGGCCCGACCAGAAGGCUGUGGUAAAACACCUGGCAGUCGUGUUCCGCCUGCUGGCCAAGAAAGUGAUGAAGAAGUGGUCCAUGACCCAGAAUCUCACCUUCAAGGAGCAGCUGGAAGGUGGCAUCCGCUAUUUUGACCUGCGAGUGUCCUCCAAACCAGGCGAGCCGGGCUAUGAGGUCUACUUCAUUCAUGGCCUCUUUGGCCACAGGGUGAGGGACGGCCUCAACGAGAUCAACACCUUCCUCAACAGCCACUCCAAGGAGGUGGUAUUUUUGGACUUCAACCACCACUAUGCUAUGAGCAUAGAGCACCACAUGUACCUGAUCUCUAUGCUGCAGCAGAUAUUUGGACACAAGCUCUGUAAGUGCUAUUCGGUGGAGGACAUCACCCUGGACUACCUGUGGGAGAACAAGUACCAGGUCAUAGUGUUCUAUCACCACCCCUUGUCAGAAGACCACUCCCAUUUGUGGCCGGGCAGUAACAUCCCGGCCCCCUGGGCAAACACCACAGACGCCUUCAAGCUGAUCCAGUUCCUGGAGACCACGCUCGGGGAGCGGGCCAAGUAUGGAUCUUUCCACGUGUCCCAGGCUAUCCUCACUCCCCGUGUCAAGACCAUCGCUAGGGGACUCAUCAAGGGACUCCGCAACCACCUGGUGGAAAGAAACCUGCCCACCAUCAUGACCUGGGUGGAGGCGCAGAGGCCAGGAGUCAAUGGGGUCAACAUCAUCACAUGUGACUUUGUGGAGCUGGUGGACUUUGCCAACACUGUCAUCAAGCUCAACAAGCUGCUGCUCCCUAACCAUGCCAUCACCUGA